GCGACCUCUUGUAACAAUGGAACUCUUUGGUUGUCGCUUGGAUACUUUCGAGUCGGCUGUUCACACUUUGUCCAGGGGAGGAGGAAGGGCAUUAGCAUCAUGCUGCCUGUGCAUGCAUUCGUGGCAUGGUUCGACAUUUCCAGCGCGCUUCCCUCUCCUUGUCAGCUUCUUUCUCUUGUCAUGGUGCCGAACCAGGGCUUACCAUGAUGCUGGUUCAAUUGUGAAGCUUGGGUUUGCAGAACCAGAAGGAGUGCACAUUGGUGCUAGCAAGGGUUUUUGAUGCAACGCCAUGGGGUUUGACGUCACGUGUCCGAGCGAUGGGGAGUGCAGUGCCUGGGUGUUUCAGUAUUUUCACGAUUGUGUGUGCAACACGCGGGACAAGGUUUCCUUUGGACUGGGACUGGCGAGCAUCUUCUCGUGGGGUGUUGCGGAGAUUCCACAGAUCAUAGCGAAUUGGAAGGCAGGCAGUUCCGAACAUGUCAGCUUUGCCUUCAUCUUGACCUGGACCAUAGGCGACCUCUUCAACCUCACUGGUUGCUAUCUCACCCCAGCGACCCUCCCCACACAAUUCUACACCGCUCUGCUCUACACUUUGACCACUUUGGUACUCGUCUUUCAACAUAUAUGGUUCACGUGGCUAAAACCCAAGAACUCGCGGGAGGAGGCUUUGAAGGCUCCUCUAGUGGAGAAUGAGGAGGGCAGCCGGUCGCAGGGUUCGCUGGAGGGUCUGUUUCCAUCAGACCCUUCUCUAGCGGACGGGACCACGAUCCCUGGGGAUGGAAAGACGAGGCUGGCACGGACAAGAACGGCGCCAAUCCCGUCUUCAAACGCAACUAGGCAGCGCAACCCGCAGCCCAGUGGGAACUCGUACAGCUAUGGCAGCUAUCGGCGGAUGACCAUGUCCCCCUCGUUGCAUUCGAUUGGUACGGUCAUGAUGAUCACAACAGGAGUGCAGCUCGUUGCUUCCCCUCUCUUAGGAGGGGCCCCAGGCGGGUUCGGCGAAAUGCUGAGCGGUGGGGGGGUCUCGGGGCGGAAACUGCUGCAUGCGGGGUAUGGUAGCUUUGCAGGCCAGUCGUCUAUCUUCGAACCGGAGGUGAGCAGCACGGUGGGGUUGUUGAUGGGGUGGGCCAUGACGGCCAUCUACCUGAUGGGCCGCCUGCCCCAGAUCCUGCUCAACAUCCGGCGCGGCUCCGUCGAGGGCCUCUCCAUGUCCAUGUUUGUCUUUGCCAUCACGGGGAACGCCACGUACCUGGGCAGCAUUUUGGUACGGAGCGGACCCUGGUCGGAGUUGGGGCCCAACCUGCCGUGGCUGGUGGACGCCGCUUGUUGCCUUGCCAUGGACUUAGUCAUCCUCGGACAGUUUGUGUGGUAUAAAGCAAUCCGCAAGCAGAGCAACGAGGCUAGCGAAGGAAGCUAAAGUCGGGGCUGUAAGAGCUCGUUCGGCGCACAUACUGCAUACUUAAUGAGAGCAAGCGGGAGGUUGCGCUGUGUGGCACGCUGACCGGUUCCAAUAGUCGAAGAUAAAAGUUGAAAGAUAGUCAGGUUGCAGCGAGUGUACGCUAGCAAUCAUGCUAGCUCGGGAAGGUCGUCGAAGCGGCACUUUGGGUCGAGUCGCUGCUCGUUGCCAUAAUGGACUGUGGCCAAUCAGUUGGAGACAUAAGGUUGUGCCAUAGCGCAUUUUGACCCUAGCCUAGUAGAGGCAAGAUCUUGUGAGAGAGAUGUACCCGCACGUGUAGCCAUGAGAUCUAAGCAGGCAUGUAGCUUAGUCUAGUAUACGCAUCCAGCCUUCCGCAUCGUGGACUAUUAUAUGUCAAAUAUAUAAGGACGCAUAAACGAGCCUGGUCUUUCUGCGGGACUGUAUCCCAAGAAAGUUAAAUUAUCGGAGCUACCACACUGA